GGGGUUUUUCUCUUACGUUCAACUGUUUAUAAAGAAAAAGCGUCAGCCAAAUAUCCUUAGAGUAUAAAAUACUUUUUACCAACUACUACCAAGACAAAAUUCUCAGAAACCUCAAAUGUUGAACAAAGUUAUCGCAUCAGCAGUUAUCGCAGCUGUAGCUGCAUCACCACUCACUUCUAGACAAGAUCAAGGCACUUCUGCUGUAUUCAAUUGCAACCACGACUUCGCCUUGACUUACGAUGACGGUCCUUACACCUACGGUAACGAGCUCACCGAUAGCUUUUCAAACGCUGGUCAUCUCUACACAAGGUUCCUCAACGGAAACAAUUGGAGAUGUAUCUACGAUGAAGACAUGGUCCAAAACAUCCAAUAUGCUCACUCAAAGGGUCACCUCAUUGGUUCACACGGAUGGUCUCACGCUUCCUUCAAUGACAUAACUAGAGAACAACUCGAUAGCGAAAUCGAUAAUGUUGACGAGGCAUUGAAGAAAAUCCUUGGUAUCGUUCCAAAGUAUGUCAGACCACCAUACGGUACUUGUGACGCCUCCUGCGUUGAUUACCUCCAAGCUAAGGGCAAGACUGUCGUCCAAUGGAGCGAAGACAGUGGCGACUCAGCUGGCGUUGAACCAUCCGAGAUUAUUUCUAAAAUCCAAGGUUGGGCUGCUGAUGGUAAACCACAUUUGAUUUUGGACCACGAGGUUUACCAAUCAUCUGUUGAAGAAGUCGUACCAGCUGUUUUGCCAUCAUUUGACGGAAAGAAGUUGACAACCGUCGCUGAAUGUAUCGAUGCUGAGCCAUACUUAGAAGUUUCAGCUCCAGGUACUAGAGACGACACCUGGACAUGCUCAAAUAAGCCACCAAUCAAGGCUACCCCAGGUUCAUCAGCCUAAUUUGGCAAUGCUUAGAAAGAGCAUAUUUUUAAAUUUUUUACUAAACUAUGGAUCAAGCAUGGACAUGGAUAAUUUCUAUUGAAUUUUUUUCAAAAAUUUCUCAUUUGUAAUACUUUCUUGACAAUCAUACAUUCGUUUUACUUG